UUUGCGAAAACGACACCGGACUGAUCGAACGUUUCGAUGUGCGCCGAGAUUAAGUCAAAUCUAUAUACGAAACUGCAGUAGGCUAAAGACGACGCGUCGCCAUAGCGUUCGUGUGAGCAGGAGCGGCGACAGGCGCGAGCGAGAGGUUGCACCGUGUGACAUUCUCCGCAAAACCGAACCGAAGCACUUAUGUACUGCUAGAGGCUAUAGAGACCACUAAACGCCAGAAGAAAAUCUCGGCCGGCUGGAGCUGCAAAUCAAGCAAGUCUCGUUUGGAAAUUUACACCCAAUCGUUCUGCUUAGUCUGUUCUGAUCGGUCGAGAAGUACGGGCCGUGGAUCGCGCGUGAGUCUCGUCUUGAAUUGCGAAAGAAGAACCAACCACAUACUCAACCAGUGUCAGUUGACCGAGUUGCCGAAAAUAAAAAAAAAGAUACCAAAAUGCGAGCCUAUCAACUGUCGUGGGCGCUAGUGAUACUGUUAUCCGUGAACAGCGUGAAAUCGUUGGACCUGCCCGAGUACCUGCACGUUUGCCACAAGGAUGACCCCAAGCUGACCGAGUGUAUGAAACAGUCGAUCGAAACGCUCCGGCCGUACCUGGCCCGUGGCAUUCCGGAGCUGGACAUUCCGGCCAUCGAACCGAUCAACCUCGGCGAUCUGAUAGUGGCCGAGAGUGUCCCCGGGCAGGGCAUCAGCAUCACCGCGAAGGACAUCAAAGCCUACGGGCCGGGCAAUUUCCGCCUGAAGAGACUAAACGUUCUCGAAUAUGGUAAAAUCUACAGUUUCGAAUUGGAGCUACCGCAUUUGUAUGUCGAAGGACGAUACGUCGUGGACGGACGAAUCUUGCUGCUUCCGGUGAAAGGUGCCGGAAGAUUUACAGGAAACUUUACCCAGGGAGUUGGAAACGUGCGAAUCAAAGGGGAUCGUAAAGUAAUAAACGGUAAAAACCACUUAUCGCUGGCCAAGCUGGACAUUAAAAUUAAAGUUGGAGAUGGAAAAAUCAAACUGGAAAAUCUGUUCGGGGGAGAUCGAGUUCUAGGUGAAAUCAUAAAUGAAACAAUCAACCAGAACUUUUCCCUGCUGAGCCACGAGUUGAUACCGCUGAUUGAGAAAGCGCUUCAAAGGAUAUUCAAAACAACGGGAAACAAAAUUCUGGAAAGAUUCCCUGAGGAAGUGUUGUUUCCCUAGGAUUAGAGCUGGUAAACGUCAAUGAAGCUAAUGAGGAAUCUAGGUUUGGUUGGAUAUAGAGAGCAAGAGAGCGAACAUUAAACGAUACGAAAAGGAGAAUUUUUUUUUCUAAAAUCGUUCAUAUAUGACCUAUUGAUAGUCGGAUGUGCGACAAGUGAGAAGAAGUUGGGUCACUUUUUCGUUCGAAAAUUGUAUAUAAUUGUUAAAAUUGUCUAUUUCCUAAUAAAAUGUAAAUUUCAAGAUCAA